AUGGUUCAUUUGGACGGGUUCCUGCCUACAGAUCACAGGUAUUGCAGUGCUAUGCCAGCUCUGGACAAGUUUUCCUGCUCCAGUGUCACACCUCCUGUCAACCCCUGCUGCAGGAGCUCUUUCAUAGUACAUCCUGCCUGGAUCGCUGAGCCCUUCAGCCCGCAGAGGUGCCAAUGGAUUAGCCACUGCCUCCCCUCCCCUGGCCCCGCAUGGAACCGGCUGAGCAAUUCAGAGCCAUCAGUGGGCUUAGACAGCAAUGUCCCUGUGCUGGUGAGAGGGGAACAAGACGGAUUUUAUUACCGUGGUACAGUAAAAGAGGACAUAAAGCAGAGUGAAAGAGGCAUGUUCCUGGUAGAGUUUGCCAAACCACUUGUGUCACGUGGUAGGCAUCCAGUGUGUGUGCAAAAAACAGCAAAGGAUGACAUCCUGGAAUACGUGAACGGGAUGAAGCACUCCUUACUCCCUGGAGACAAAGUGCUGGCACCCUGGGAACAAGAUAUGGCCAGGUAUGGCCCAGGAACCAUCCUCACUGGCAUUGAGACAAGGGACCCCUUACGAGCUUCAGAAGAUGAGGAAAUUAUGGUCCAAUUCUGGAAUGACAAGAAAGUGAAACUCCCACGAGGUGUGGCUCUGUGGAUACCCCCUAGCCUGUGGGAAAGGAUUGUUGAGAUGAUCCACAUGCCCGUCACCAGCAGGUUGAAGCCCAGAGAAAGUCUGGACACUAACUCCUGUAUUUUUUACCGCAGUCCUAAACCAGCCCUGAUUCCUGUUUGUGCUGUACACAGCCCUGCCAAGCACUGCUUGCUCUGCUCACCCUGCUGGCCGUGUUUCCACUAUCACUGUGAUGGUAUACGCUGUUCAUCAGCAUGUGUGAGAUGCAUCUGCUGCUGCUAUCCCCACGUUGAUGCCUGGUGGCCUCUUCCAUCCAGAACUCUGGUCUUUCAAAGAGACACUGAAGAGGCAGAGUCCAGCAGCAGGCACUCUCCACAUCUUCUAGAACUGGAAGGCCCAAAACAAGAAGAACCAGCAGUCGUUGCAGCAUCUUCCCCCUCUUCUGAUUCAGAGUGGGACUGGGAGCCAUUCCCCACUAAGAGCACCAUGGUGGACAGUGCUGUUAACACAGACUCUGUCUGUCUUGAGAAGCACAGGCUAAAGGGUUCUGCAAGACCAGAGGGGGAAUACUGGAAGAGAAGCCACCACAAGUCCCAUCCCAGUAAUUCAGCUCUUUUUUUGGCAACUCAUAUGGAAAACUCACAGAACAAUGAAUCUCAUCUGCAACCAGGACUCAGCAGUUGCAGCAGCACAUGUACAAAGGGCAGGCCAAAAUACAAAGCCAUCUCCACUGGGGACAUGUCCUGUGUUGCCUUGACUAAUCAGAAGGCAGUGUUUGAAACUAUCAAGCAGUCUCCCAGAGGGCAACUCGCCAUGAAAGGAAUCUUGAGAGACCAAGAUUUCAAGCCAGCACUGGAAGAAGGUUUUGCAGCAUCAGGAAAACAAAGAUAUAAAAGAGCAAGAAAGAAAACAGCGUCAUAUGAUAAAUGUCAAGCAACUUGCACAGGAGAUGACAAACUUGGUGAUACAGACUAUGUCAGAAGACAGAAAAAACCAGCGAAGAGCUCACUUGCAACGAA